AUGCCUGGUGACUACAAGAACGUUGAGGACCCUAAGCGGGCAGGUUUUUUCGAGAGCUACAGGUCCAUUUUAUUGACUGCAGGAGCUUUUCUACUGGCAGGCGCAGCAUGGCAUUCGUCAAAGCAAGUAUUAACAACGGAAAUCAUCGCUGUCCCUUCGAGGUGUGGCAAAAUUGAUGCCAUCUCACCUAGUUUCGACAAGUCGAUUGACACGAUUUUCAACGACGCGGCCUUCAGGGAAGAAUCUUUGGCCAAGUUCAGCGAAUCGUUGCGGAUUCCCACGGAAAUCCAAGAUGUAAACCCAAUUCCAGCUGACGACUUGGAUUACUACAAGGAGUUCUUCAAGUUCCACGAAUAUCUCGAGAGAACCUUCCCUCUGGUCCACAAGCACCUAAAACUGGAAAAGGUCAACGACCUGGGUCUGUUGUACACGUGGGAGGGGAAGAAUUCUAAUUUGAAGCCCAUGAUGUUCACCGCUCACCAGGACGUGGCUCCGGUGAAUAACGACACCAUCGGCCGUUGGAAGUAUCCUCCGUACUCUGGGUACUACGAUAACGAAACUGACUUCGUUUGGGGCAGAGGCGCCUGUGAUUGCAAGAACCUGUUGAUUGCUGAACUCGAGGCAGUGGAACAAUUGAUCAAGGACGGGUUCGAGCCGGAACGUGGUGUACUCAUUGCAUUGGGUUUUGACGAGGAAUCUUCGGGUAUUUUGGUUGCCAAUACUCUCAGUGAUUUCCUCUACGAGAGGUAUGGGGAUGAAGGUAUCUAUUCGAUUGUGGAUGAAGGUGGUGUGGUCGUGAAGUUGGAUGAAAACGUAUAUGUUGCCGCGCCAAUCACAGCUGAAAAGGGUUACGUUGACACGAAAGUUACCGUUCAUGGUCACGGUGGACACUCUUCUGUGCCUCCAGAUCACACAACAAUCGGGAUAGCUGCCGAGCUGAUUAGCUUGAUGGAAUCUCAGCCAUUUGAUUACUCUUUCACUCCUGAGAACCCCAUUUAUGGAUUUCUGACCUGCGUAGCCGAGCACAAGUCUGGUCUGCCAGCUGAGUUGAAAUCUGCAAUCUUGGAUGCUCCUUACGACGAGAAAAGUAAACAAAAGCUCAUCGCUUUUGUGAGUCGGGACAGAAUGGCAAGGGAACUACUAAGAACUUCUCAAGCAGUGGACAUCAUCAAUGGGGGGAUCAAGGCCAAUGCUCUUCCAGAGGUCACUUCUUUCCUAGUUAAUCAUAGAAUUGAUAUUAAUUCCUCUGUAAAGGAAGUUGUUGAAAGAGACUUGAGCUUAGUAAAGGCUAUUGCGAAGAAAUUUGGCUACGGUGUCACUUUCGAUGGCAAGGAAAUAAUUGCAGCUACUGCGAAUGGCUAUAUUGAGGUUGAGGCAGAGAAGGGGCUCGAGCCCGCUCCUCAGUCACCCACUGUCGACUCUGCUGAAUGGGAUUUAUUCGCCGGAACCAUUCAGAACGUGUUCCAAAACGGUCUUUUCAAAGAUAACGAAGAAGCAGAGGUGUAUGUCACAACCUCUUUAGUGACUGGUAAUACAGACACAAAGUAUUACUGGGCAUUAUCCAAGAAUAUUUACAGGUUCAUGGCCCUGGUUGGAGCCAAAGACCUCUUGACCACUAUUCACUCAGUCAAUGAACAUAUUGCGAUGUCUAGUCAUCUCUCUACAAUUGCAUUCAUUUACGAGUACAUUGUUAAUGUCAAUGAAAGAGGUUGA